AUGGUCACAAUUGGUAAUGCUCAUGAGGAUUUGAUCCAUGACGCCGUUUUGGAUUACUACGGGAAGAGACUUGCCACCUGUUCCUCUGAUAAAACCAUCAAAAUAUUCGAAAUUGAUGGUACAGAGAACUACAAAUUUACAGAAACAUUGGUGGGACAUGAAGGUCCAGUUUGGCAAGUAGCAUGGGCUCAUCCAAAGUUUGGAUCUAUUUUGGCGUCAUGUUCAUAUGAUGGUAAGGCCCUCAUCUGGAAGGAACAACCAGAAACUAGACAAUGGUCAAUCAUAGCAGAACAUAAGGUCCACCUGGCUAGCGUGAACUCCGUUUCAUGGGCCCCACAUGAUUUGGGUGCAGUUUUAUUAUGCACUUCGUCAGAUGGAAAAGUUUCAGUCGUUGAUUUUAACGAAGAUGGUACUACUCUGCAUAUAAUCUUUGACGCCCACGCUAUAGGUGUGAACUCUGCUUCAUGGGCACCAGUUACAAAAGAUAACACUAGACUGUUUGUCACCUGUGGUUCGGACAAUGUAAGUCGCAUCUGGAAAUGGGAUUCCACCAAGGAAAAAUAUGUUGAAGAAGCAAAGUUAGAAGGUCACACAGAUUGGGUAAGAGAUGUUGCAUGGUCUCCUUCUGUAUUGGUUAAGUCUUAUAUUGCCACUGCUUCCCAAGAUCGUACUGUUUUGAUUUGGACUCAAGAAGGCAACGGAAAGUGGGAAAAGCAAUUAUUAACCGAAGAAAAAUUCCCAGAUGUUUGCUGGAGAUGUUCAUGGAGUUUAUCAGGAAACAUUCUUGCUGUUUCUGGUGGUGACAAUAAGGUCAGUUUGUGGAAGGAAAGCUUACAAGGAAAAUGGGAGAGCGCCGGUGAAGUUGACCAGUAG